CCCGCACGGGGCCCAGCUGACGGGCCGCGUUGUUUACGGGCCGAGCAGCCCUCGCUCCCGCCGCCCGCUCGCCACCCGCCUGCCCAGGUGCCCGCCCGCCUGUCCGCGCGUCCGUUUGUCCGCGCGUCCGAAGAUCUGAGCCCCCGAGCGCUCGCGGACGAGAGCCAGGAGGCAGGGGCGCAGCGAGGGAGUCGGGGCCCUGAGAUCGCGGGACGGGGCCCGGGCCAGGGUGGCCCGGAGUCGGGGCCGCCUCCACCGGGCCGCGCUGCCGGAUUUGCAGCGGCGGAGGCCGCGCGCGCCCCUCCUGGGGCUGUUUCAAGGACCCUCCGGGGCGGAGGCUGCGGCCCCUGGGCCGCCCGCGUGGAAGAGAAGGACGCGCGGCCCCCAGCGCCUCUCGGGCGGCUGCUUUGGAGCAUGCACCCCUCGGGCCGGCGCCGCGCGCUCUGAUCCAUCCGGACCCCGCGCUCCCGUAGCCAUGGGCGCCGGGGGCGGGCGGGGGGCGGCGGCCGUGCCGCUGCUGGUGGCCGUUGCCGCGCUGCUGGUGGGCGCCGCGGGCCACCUGUACCCUGGAGAGGUGUGCCCCGGCAUGGAUAUCCGGAAUAACCUCACCCGGCUGCACGAGCUGGCCAACUGCUCGGUCAUCGAAGGACAUUUGCAGAUCCUAUUGAUGUUCAAAACGAGACCUGAGGACUUCCGAGACCUCAGUUUCCCCAAGCUCAUCAUGAUCACUGAUUACUUGCUGCUCUUCCGGGUCUACGGGCUGGAGAGCCUGAAGGACCUGUUCCCCAACCUCACGGUCAUCCGGGGCUCCCGCCUCUUCUUUAACUACGCGCUGGUCAUCUUCGAGAUGGUUCACCUGAAGGAGCUCGGCCUCUACAACUUGAUGAACAUCACCCGGGGCUCCGUCCGCAUCGAGAAGAACAAUGAACUCUGCUACCUGGCCACUAUCGACUGGUCUCGCAUCCUGGAUUCCGUGGAGGAUAAUUACAUCGUGCUGAACAAAGACGACAAUGAGGAGUGUGGGGACAUCUGUCCAGGCGCCGCGAAGGGCAAGACCAACUGCCCUGCCACCGUCAUCAACGGGCAAUUUGUGGAGCGGUGUUGGACGCACAGCCACUGCCAGAAAGUGUGUCCGACCAUCUGUAAGUCUCACGGCUGCACCGCUGAGGGUCUCUGUUGCCACAGUGAGUGCUUGGGCAACUGCUCUGAGCCUGACGACCCCACCAAGUGUGUGGCCUGUCGCAACUUCUACCUGGAUGGCAGGUGCGUGGAGACCUGCCCGCCCCCCUACUACCACUUCCAAGACUGGCGCUGUGUGAACUUCAGCUUCUGCCAGGACCUGCACAACAAAUGCAAGAACUCUCGCAGGCAGGGCUGCCACCAGUAUGUCAUUCACAAUAACAAGUGCAUCCCUGAGUGCCCCUCCGGCUACACGAUGAAUUCCAGCAACUUGAUGUGCACUCCAUGCCUGGGCCCCUGUCCCAAGGUGUGCCACCUCCUGGAAGGCGAGAAGACCAUUGACUCAGUGACAUCUGCCCAGGAGCUCCGAGGCUGCACCAUCAUCAACGGAAGCUUAAUCAUCAACAUUCGAGGGGGCAACAACCUGGCAGCUGAGCUAGAGGCCAACCUUGGACUCAUUGAAGAAAUUUCAGGGUAUCUGAAAAUCCGCAGAUCAUAUGCCCUCGUGUCACUUUCCUUCUUCCGGAAGUUACGUCUGAUUCGAGGGGAGACCUUGGAAAUCGGGAACUACUCUUUCUAUGCCUUGGACAACCAGAACCUAAGGCAGCUGUGGGACUGGAGCAAACACAACCUCACCAUCACUCAGGGGAAACUCUUCUUCCACUAUAAUCCCAAACUCUGCUUGUCAGAAAUCCACAAGAUGGAGGAAGUUUCAGGAACCAAGGGGCGCCAGGAGAGAAAUGACAUUGCCCUGAAGACCAAUGGGGACCAGGCGUCCUGUGAAAAUGAAUUACUUAAAUUUUCUUACAUUCGGACAUCUUAUGACAAGAUCUUGCUGAAAUGGGAGCCAUAUUGGCCCCCCGACUUCCGAGACCUCCUGGGAUUCAUGCUCUUCUACAAAGAGGCCCCUUAUCAGAACGUGACAGAGUUUGAUGGGCAGGAUGCAUGUGGCUCCAACAGCUGGACCGUGGUGGAUAUUGACCCGCCUAUGAGGUCCAACGACCCCAAGUCACAGAACCACCCCGGGUGGCUAAUGCGUGGUCUCAAGCCCUGGACCCAGUACGCCAUCUUUGUCAAGACUUUGGUCACUUUUUCUGAUGAACGCCGCACGUACGGGGCCAAGAGCGACAUCAUCUAUGUCCAGACAGAUGCCACUAAUCCUUCUGUUCCCCUGGAUCCCAUCUCGGUGUCUAAUUCUUCGUCCCAGAUUAUUCUGAAGUGGAAGCCUCCCUCUGACCCCAAUGGCAACAUCACACACUACUUGGUAUUCUGGGAGAGACAGGAGGAAGACGGUGAACUGUAUGAAUUAGAUUAUUGCCUCAAAGGGUUGAAGCUGCCCUCCCGGACCUGGUCUCCGCCGUUCGAGUCUGAGGGGUCCCAGAAGCACAAUCAGAGUGAGUACGAAGAGUCUGCCGGUGAAUGCUGUUCCUGCCCGAAGACCGACUCUCAGAUCCUCAAGGAGCUGGAGGAGUCCUCAUUCAGGAAAACAUUCGAAGAUUACCUGCACAAUGUGGUUUUCAUCCCCAGAAAAUCCUCUUCAGGCCCUGUUGCCGAGGACACUAGGCCGUCGAGGAAACGCAGGGCCCUUGGUGAUGUGGGGAACGUGACAGCGGCCGCCGUGCCCACCAUUCCGGGAUUCCCCAAUACGUCCUCGACCAGCGCACCUACGAGCUCAGAGGAGCACAGACCGUUCGAGAAAGUGGUGAACAAGGAGUCUCUGGUCAUCUCUGGCCUGCGUCACUUUACUGGCUAUCGCAUUGAGCUGCAGGCUUGCAACCAAGAUUCCCCGGAGGAGAGGUGCAGUGUGGCUGCAUAUGUCAGUGCCAGGACCAUGCCCGAAGGUGGGUCAGCUCACAUCAUGGGGCCAAGAGACCCAGGCUGACCAAGGAAAAGCCUUCCACCCUCUAGGCAGCAUAUAUGUGACUUUAACUUAUUUGCCUUAAUCAUUUUUCAUUUUCCCCCAGCUUUAUUGAGAUGUAAUUGACGUAUAACAUUGUGUAAAUUUAAGGUGUACAAUGUGUCGGUUUGCUACACUUACAUAUUGCAAAAGCAUUACCGCAGUAGCAUUAGCUAACAUCUCCAUCAGGGCACAUAAUUACCAUUUCUUUUUUGUGGUGAGAACAUUUAAGAUCUACUCUCUUAGCAGCUUUCAAGUAUACAACAGAAUAUUGUUGUACACCAUGCUGUACGUUAGAUCCUCAGAACUUAUUCAGCUUAUCACUGGAAGUUUGUACCCUUUGACCAACACCCCCUGAUUUCCCUCACCCCCCGCCCCUGGGAACCACCAUUCUACUCUCUGUUUCUAUGAGUUCAGCUUUUUUAUCAUCCACAUAUAAGUUAGAUUAUACACUUAUGAGUCUUUCUCUGUCUGGCUUUUUUCACUUAACAUAAUGCCCUCAAGGUCCAUCCGUGUUAACCUAUAUUAUUUUGUAAUUAUAUGAGUCAUCAUAGCCAUUAUAUAAACUUUAGAAAGUACACACGAGCCAUAAGAAAAAUAAAGUAAAAUUAAGGAAUACAUAUAUAGUGUAUUAGGGUUCUCCAGAGAAACAGAACCAACAGUGUAACUGAAGGUGGGGUCCGGCUGCUUGCUGCUCAAAAGCCAAUAAAGAGGCAAGGUUGGUGGAAAGGAAAAUCUGCUUUA